GAGAUCACUCCGCAGCAACUGGAGUGCAGCGCAGCAGCAGUUCGUCUGUAGCUAUUCUGCUGCCCUCGGCGAAGCAAGAUGUCAGCGACAAAGCUUAGGCGUGACCGCAGCUUGUAAAAACACGACAACAUUUUAACUCACCUGUAAUAUUUAUACUCACGAGGAUUUUUUCAAGCCUAGAGUUGGGUGAAACAUCGAAAGUAACGGGCCUGUUCACAAUGACCAACGAGGAACCUCUUCCCAAGAAGGUUCGCCUUAGUGAAUCAGACUUGAAGAAUUUGAACAGAGAAGAACUGUGCGCAAAGUGGAAGCAGCAUGAAACCUACGUCCAGGUCCUGGAGGCGAAAUAUGCAGAGCUGUGUUCUAAUGAUGUACCAGGGCUGAAGGAGUCGGAGGAGAAGCUCAAGCAGCAGCAGCAGGAGUCUGCGCGCAGGGAGAACAUCUUGGUCAUGAGACUUGCCACCAAGGAGCAGGAAAUGCAAGAAUGUACAACCCAGAUUCAGUACCUCAAGCAAGUCCAGCAGCCGAGUGUGGCCCAACUGCGGUCGUCCAUGGUGGAUCCAGCCAUCAACUUGUUUUUCCUCAAAAUGAAGGCUGAACUGGAACAGACUAAAGACAAACUGGAGCAGGCCCUAAAUGAACUGAGUGCCUGGAAAUUUACACCUGAUAGCCAAACUGGGAAGAAGCUGAUGGCCAAAUGUCGCAUGCUGAUUCAAGAGAACCAGGAGUUGGGACGGCAGCUGUCACAGGGACGCAUCGCCCAGCUGGAGGCCGAGCUGGCCCUGCAGAAGAAGUACAGUGAGGAGCUCAAAAGCAGUCAAGAUGAGCUAAAUGACUUUAUUAUCCAGCUAGACGAGGAGGUUGAGGGAAUGCAAAGCACCAUCCUGGUCCUGCAGCAGCAGUUGAAGGAGUCCCGUCAGUUGCUCUCUCAGUCUCAGUCAGCUGGAGCAGGACCCAGUAGGACUUCACCCGCUGCUUCCAGCUCCUCUGCUGAACCAUUCGCUCAGCCAGAGCAGGCCAGUGUCCCCUCUGAACCAAUCAAAGACUACGGGAGGGUCUCCAAUGGUCCAAGCAAUGGCAACUCAUCCCAAAGGAGUGAGACCACACCCACGCUUUACCGGGAGGUCAGCAGUGCUGAGGAAGAUUUUCCAAUGUCCCCUAUUGUCUCUAGCCCCAGUGAAGCUGAGACCAAACUCUCCAACCACUCAGAGGAGGUGCCAGACAGUCAGACUGCCUCAGGGAGAGUUGGAGGACCUGGGGGUUUCGGGAGCCGGCUGAGUGUUGGGUACGAGAGCUUGGACUCUCCGACAGGCAGCGAGACGUCAUUGACUCAGCACUCGAAUGACACAGACUCCACCACCGAUCCCCAUGAGGACAAGGCUGCCCUGGUAACCAAGGGCACCAGGACUGCAGGGUCACGCCAUGCUCAGAACGGCCUGGACUCGAGCAUGAGCGACGGUGCAGCUUUGUAAUAUACUUUAACAUGUCUUUUUUUUUUUAGUACACAAAUAUGGCAGCAAAUGCAUAGUCUGUAAUACAACAUCCUUGUCCUUUUGCCUAUUGUGAUGCCUUUGUCACAUUUAUGUUGCUUAAUGAGGAUAUAAACAGUAAAGGUUCAUGCUAAAUUUGAAUUGUGUGGAUUUAAAACUAAGUUUUAUUCUUGUUUAUUGGAGCACAUCCACGGUGUUUGAGCUCUUCACGCUGAAAUCAGACGUCUGGUGUUGUAACCCGAGUCGAGUCAAUAAAAUCAUUAAAUUUCAGUAGCUUCACUAUAUUCAAUAAGGUCAUUUUUAGAUGUUGGCCUGUGGGAUUUUUUUUGUGCAGUUUUUAUUUUUCAUUGGCAAAAAUUCUGUUUAAAAGAUUCUGUUGAAUUGUGAGUAGUUCAUACGUGAUGUUCAUAUUAUACUGACUUCAGCCCUUUUCAUGUACUGACCAAAUACCAAUAAAACAUUUUUAAUACUAUAGAGUGAA